UUAUGCUGAUUGCACUGAUUUGGAAGUUUGAUUUCUCGCCGUUUAUGAUCCUGGUCAUUGCCAUUCUCAACGACGGCACAAUCAUGACCAUCUCCAAGGACAGAGUGAAGCCAUCCCCACAUCCAGAUAGCUGGAAGCUACUAGAGAUCUUCAUCACCGCCAUUGUCUAUGGUGCCUACCUUGCUGUGUUGACCGUGGUGUUCUUCUUCGCCAUGACUAGCACCGACUUCUUCAGCGAGAAGUUCCACGUGCGUUCGCUAAGGAGCAACAAGGACGCGAUGAUGUCUGCCCUCUACCUUCAAGUGAGCAUCAUCAGCCAGCCCCUCGUCUUCGUCACCCGGUCGCGCCGCUGGUGCUUCCAGGAGCGCCCGGGGCUCUGGCUCUGCUUCUCCUUCGUCGUCGCACAUAUCAGGUUCUCAUUCUGAAAGAAAUUGCAACUAUGCAAGAGCUUAUUGACGGAGAUUAUGAAAUUUGCAGUUCAUGUUCUGGACAUCAGAUUGAUACUUUACCAAAGGUGCACCAAUCGGCCCUCCGUCUCCUAGGGUGAUGGCGCAAUGACAUCGAUAGCGGCAGCAAUUACGCACAGGUGACGGUGGAUUUGUCAACUGACUUCAUAUCUCUAUCUCUACUACCUAAAAAACCUGUAACGCUUCAUUCCGAUCUUCUGUCUUAUGUCGUUUUGUCCAAUCGCACACAUUUCUCUGGUCGUAUGCUAGAUUGGAAGAACCGGAACAUUUCCUACUGCGUUUGUAAUGAUGCAGUACGGUUAAAAACUUUUUAUUUACUUGAGUCUGCUACCUCAGAUUGAUGCGUCAUGCUCGGACAGUAAUAGUCUAAGCUUCAUCAUGUAACAAGCUCCAGCGUGCACAGGUAAGUGGUUCUGGUACUGAUGCUAUUUUUGUUUGUUACAAUUGUUGCCAGUUUGAUUGCUACUAUCUACUGUACGUGCUUAUUGUUUGGCUUUGAAGAGAUAUUUGCUCGAGGAUAUGCCAAUUAAUUUGAAAGCAGAUGGUAAACUGUGAUUUGCUCCUCAAUUUGUAUUGUAUCUGAGAUCUAAUGUGUGCCAGUGUGCAGCUAAUCACUAAAUAUUUCCAGUGUGCAGCUUGUGAAAUCUUUCAAAGCUAUAUUUCAAAGCAGAUGGUAAAUUGUAAUUUCAAAGCAGAUGUCAAACUGUAAUUUCAAAGCUAUAUUUCCAGUGUGCAGCUUGUGACAUCUUUCUCCGUCUUUGACAUCUGAUUUGGUAAAUAUUUGUGGUGUUGAACCACACAUGGUUAUUGUAGCUAAUAUCAUCCGUAUGUAUUGUAGCUAUUUUUGAUGCUUUGGAUGGUGAACAGAAAAUUAUGUGAAUGACAUUAACAACAAAUGGUUUAGCGAAUGAGGCCCUGAUUGGAUGGCACUAGCAAAUGGAUCAUCAAAGUAUAUGUUUUAAUUUUCCAGAGACAUCUUUUUAACUCUUCAUGCAUUAGGGUUCAAAAUUAUUGUACAUAUAUUACCUUCCCCUCGAAUAAUUCUUUCAAGUCAGCACCUAUGUGCAAUUGAGUUUUUCAUGUUUUAAUGAUGGCUUUAUUUCAAUGUAGAUAUUAUCUUCAGUUUGUACUUGGCCAUAGUGGGAUGCCAGGAAAUAUCCUAGUCAUCAAUCGGAAUAGUUAUUGACGUUCUAGGAGCUGAAAGACGUCGGUCGUUCUAAAAUGUCUAACUGUACUUUUAUCAAAGAGGCAACACCUGACAGUGUGCCGAUAUCUGUAGGUAAGAUUGUAGGAUGUCUUCUGGCUUUUUGCCCUUGUCAGGCUUUAUAUUUUUGUCCCUAUGAUCUAGGAUUAGUUUAGUAGCCAUCUAGAGAUACGACUGUAAAAUGAAGUUGCUCUAUGUGAAGGUGAAGCUAAUGUUUUCCUUGUUACUUUAGCAAUUUGUUAUAUAGCAUUCUAUUAUUCUUUAUUCAUUGGAAAAUUUCGAUGGCACCAAAAUAUUUUAUUUGUGAUCCUUUUCCUAACCAAAUUAUCUCGCGAUAGCUCUGCAAAUCAAAACUUGUGACACAUCAAAUUGUCAUAAGAAAAAUCUCAACAAAUUUGUAUGAUCAUUUUUUUCCUUAGCUUUGAUUGACAAUAAAACAUUUGUAUGUUUCUAAUUGGUAUAUUAGCAUAGCGAUAUUGUGCAUGGGUUCAUCCUUGUCCUUUAAGCUAAGGUAAAUUCCCCUAGAUUUGCAAUUUUAUUCGAUGAACAAAAUGUCUACUUUAUCUACACAUACAUCUGGUAAUGGGGAUAUUUAGGAUGUGAUGAAAAAUGACA